AGUUUCCCCAGCUCUCAUCAUCCGCUUGCUCUUUUUCCCUUUUUCCUCUCUCGCCCAAUAAUAAAGUACCGAUCACCCUAAUAAGUCUCAAAACAUCCCACGCGUCCUUUCUCUCAAAUACAUACUACAUACUAGUCCUACUCUUCCGGGCCUUUUUUCGCACCGACGGCUCACCUUCAAUUAUCGUCUUGAAGGCUCUUUAGAUUUGCGAUGCGACAUUGAGCCGAGCGCCGAGAGAAAUAGCAAGAACAGAAAGACACCCGACAACGAAUUAAUAGUAAUCCAACUGCCUAUCCGCAUUCUCUUGAUACGAAUCCAGCUCUCUCUGAACGGCGACCAUCGCACAGCAGCAGCCUCAACUCGGCAACUUUCCAUCUCCUCAAUCAACAUCAUUCAUGGUGGGCGCUCGUCUGGACGUCGAUCCUCUGAGCAUGCAAGCUUCACAAUCAUACCCGUCGCCCACCGCCGCCCAGAUUGGAGAAGGUGUCGGGCCUUUUUUUGCUAACCAGCAAAGGCUCUCACCGCCGGACCAUCUUCAUUUAUCCGCUGCUCCUCUGGCUCGAAAUGCGCUGGAUGAGGGACCAGAUGUUGUCACUGGCGCGCCCCACGAUCACACGGUUGUUGGCGGGCAUCCCACAUCUCCAUCGCAGCUUGCUCGUGCGGGACUAGACCCUGUCCAUGAUCCUGCUUUCGGAGAUCCCACUGCUCCGAGAAAGCGAUCAAAGGUGUCCAGAGCUUGCGAUGAGUGUCGACGCAAAAAGAUCCGCUGCGAUGCCACGUCCGAGUCUGGCCUCGAACAGUGCUCCAGCUGCAAACGUGUAGGCACAAGGUGUCAAUUCAGCCGAGUCCCAAUGAAGCGGGGACCGAGCAAAGGCUACAUCAAGGAACUCGCCGACCGACUCAAUACGCUCGAAAAUUCCAUCCAGCCCAACCCGCACGCUGACCUUCAAUAUGCCGCUGUGAGUGCCGGAGCGACGUCUCCUCGGCCGUCGGACGGCUUCUCUCCACCACCCCCACACGGUUCCUCGUCAUUCCGAAAACGAACCCACUCGGUGUCUGACGGCCUUCAAACAAAUUACAUGCAGUCGCUACCGCAGAGGACGACGAGCGAACGGCUUCCCUCAAUUGGAGGCUGGACUCCCGAGAGUGGUCGUCAUUUACCGCAUCCUGCGGAUCUUUCGUCAAGCUUUCGAGCUCCGUACACAGUCAAUGGCAUCGCUCAGCCCUUUUGGAGACAGGGCGCGCCAGAGAUGGGUAGAAGGGCGAGCGUGAACAUGCCUUAUGAAGCUACCGAUCCACGGCCGGGAGAGCUCAACAGCGACACCAUUCUUGAAUGGGAUGAGAAGACAAUCGACGAAUAUUACCGCAUCAUUCACCCUUGCUUUCCGCUGCUUGCGCACGACAAGGCCAGACUGCGGUCGCGUUUGGCCAAUUGCCCCGUCACGGCACGGGAAGCUUUCCUCGAGGCACUGGAUGCUGCCGUCCGAUCUUUUCCAUCAUCCAACCUCCCACCAACGCGGGACUUUCAAAGCACCAAAAAGGCGGCAGAUCUCAUCUUCCAGUCACAGUACGAAAGCAUCGCUACGCGCACUUUUUCAACCAGUCUGAUCUACUUGCAAACCCUGCUUUUGAUGGUGCUGGAAGCAGACAAUCACGGUCCGGCCACGAUGCGAGGACAACUCGGUCCCCCUCGCGCCGUGUGGAUUGGGAGCGCCGUCGGUCUAGCCUAUAACAUGCGCCUGCAUACCAUCCGUUGUCGAACCGAGGGCGAUGCCGACACAGACGAGAAGAUUGCGCGACGAAAUUGGUGGAACUUGGUCAUUCUCGACCGAUGGCAUGCCUGCAGCACGUCGAGUCCGCUCUUUAUUUCCGAUACCAAUGUAGUCUUGUUGCCUGAAGACCAAUGGCUUCUUGGCGAUUCUACCUUUCACUUGACCCGUCUCUCAUGUAUCAUCGGUCACUUGGCAGAGAUAUUUGUGGCAGCCGAAGAAACUCUGGCACCAUCAUCCUCCUCGGCGCCACUCAUUGGCAAACUGCUCAACGGUGAAAUUGAGCGAUUCCGAGAAUCGAUUGAUCCCGUCAUCGGAUCAUUGAACCUGGUCAAUCUCUGCUACUGGCACGUCCGACUGCUCAUGAAACGCCACAGCCCAACCUCAGAACCGCUCGACCUACUCGCGCCCGCCGAGCGCAUGGCCGCCAUUCUAAACUCCAAUACGACUACAAUCACUCCGCUGAAUCACCACUUUGCUGCGCUUGCGACCUUGACCCUAGUCCAACUGGCCGACAUCCCCGAAACCUCUCGAGGCGCGUGGAAGGGCAUCGAGGACCUACACGAGGCGCUAGACAAGCGCCGCGGCUUCUCCGCGCGUGAAGAUAGUACAGGCUGGGACUCGGCUAUUCGGGAUCUGAUUCUCAAGAAGAAACACCAGAAACAAACGGGCGGCUCCGGACCGCUGGCGAACCAUGCCGGAUUGCAGCAUCUUGCUGAUUUGGCCGUCAGCGGAACGGGCACUGGAUCUGCCGCCGCAGAACGUAAUACUGGAGCUUCUUCCGCAACAAAUAAUGGGGGUGGUGUCGGUCUCGGCCUCACGGGCGAAGGUUCUUCCGGAGCGGUAACAAAUAAUGGUACCACGACAACGAAUGCAGCAGCACCACCACUACCGAGCGGAGGAGGACCAGCGAGCACAACAGGCUCAACAACCUCGACUGGCACGCCAGCGCUGGCAACUAGGGGCAAAGAAACUCGAGCAUCUACAUCGUCGAAUGGCUCCGUCAUCUUAGACGCCCCAUUCGAUCCUACUAGAUUGACGCGAUAUGGGUACUUGACUGCCUUGGUCCAGGAUGGCCGGUGACAUUUGACCGUCUAAAUCCCACCUUUUUUCCCGCCUAAAUCUUCUCUUCAUAAUUUGGUUUUUCUCUUUCGCUCCCUCAUCCCGCUCCCCGUCUUCUCUCGUUUGGUUUUCUUGCCUCGUUUUCUUCAGGAAUCUUGCCCAAACUCCGCAAGCUCAAUACCCCCUACGGCUGCUGCUGCUGCUACGUUGUCCUUUUCUUUCUUUACUCUUUCUUCUUUUCGUAGGUAUCUCUGCUUUGUUUUUGUCGGUCCUGCGGCUACACCGCACCAGCUCACGCUGCUUUGCUUUGCUUUUAUUUUAUUUUAUUUUUUUUUUGUUUUUUUUUGUUUUUUUUUUGGGAGGGGAGGGGAGUUCUUU